AAAUAUAGGACUGUUCUAUGCUCUCCGCUGCCUGCAGGGGACAGUCGCGGGCGCCCAGCUUGCAGCGAUUGGCCCUCGCCGGCUUCCGUAGCGGGGCCUGUAUACAAGACGUGCGGACUUUGACCCGCGGAGAACCCUGAGCUGAGCUGCAAAGAACCGAGGGCUGUUAUGGAGUCGUCUUCGUCGUCAGGCGGCAGCGCCAUCCAGAUCCCGAGCCGUCUGCCGCUGCUGCUGACCCCCGAGGCGGUGCUACUGCCGGGCUCCACCAUGCGCACCAACGUGGACUCGCCGCGGAACCUGCAGCUCGUUCGGAGUCGGCUGCUGAAGGGCACGUCGCUCAAGAGUACCAUCAUCGGCGUCAUCCCGGACACUCGGGACCCGGCCAGCGACCUCGACGCGCUGCCCCCGCUCCACAGGAUAGGCACGGCAGCGCUGGCAGUUCAGGUGGUUGGCAGCAACUGGCCGAAGCCGCAUUAUACUUUGCUGAUAACAGGCCUCUGCAGAUUCCAGAUAUUGCAGCUGGUGAAGGAGAAACCAUAUCCCGUUGCUGAUGUUGAACAGUUGGAUCGUCUGGAACAAUUUACCAACAAGUCUACAUCUGAAGAGGAACUGGGAGAGCUGUCGGAGCAGUUCUAUAAAUACGCAGUUCAGCUGGUUGAGAUGCUGGAUAUGUCGAUCCCUGCAGUAGCUAAACUGAGACGCCUGUUAGACAAUCUGCCUAGGGAAGAUUUACCGGAUAUAUUAACCUCGAUCAUCCGCACCAGCAACCAGGAGAAGCUUCAGAUUUUAGAUGCUGUUGGGUUGGAGGAACGCUUCAAGAUGACCAUACCUUUGCUUGUUAGACAGAUUGAAGGUUUGAAGCUGCUUCAGAAAACGAGAAAACCCAAACAGGAUGAUGACAAAAGGGUUGUAGCUAUACGUCCCAUUCGAAGGAUCGCCCACUUUCCAGGCACUGCCGAAGACGAGGAGGAGGAUGAAGACCAUGAUGACAUUGUUAUCCUUGAAAAGAAAAUCCGAGCCUCCAGUAUGCCUGAGCAGGCUCUAAAAGUGUGUGUAAAAGAGGUAAAGAGGUUAAAGAAAAUGCCCCCGUCAAUGCCAGAAUAUGCCUUAACACGAAAUUAUUUGGAACUGAUGGUGGAACUGCCAUGGAGCAAAAGUACAAAAGAUCGCCUGGAUAUCCGUGCAGCCAGAAUUCUUCUGGACAAUGACCAUUAUGCUAUGGAGAAGUUGAAGAAGAGAGUGUUGGAGUAUUUGGCAGUCAGACAGCUUAAGAAUAACUUGAAGGGCCCCAUCCUUUGCUUUGUGGGCCCUCCUGGAGUUGGAAAAACUAGCGUGGGAAGAUCCGUGGCAAAGACUUUGGGCCGAGAAUUCCACCGGAUUGCCCUAGGUGGAGUCUGUGACCAGUCUGACAUCCGAGGACACAGGCGCACCUACGUGGGUAGCAUGCCUGGACGAAUCAUCAAUGGCUUGAAGACUGUUGGGGUUAACAAUCCAGUGUUCCUGCUAGAUGAGGUUGAUAAACUUGCAAAGAGCCUGCAGGGGGAUCCUGCUGCUGCUUUGCUUGAGGUCUUGGAUCCUGAGCAGAACCACAGCUUCACGGAUCAUUACUUAAAUGUAGCGUUUGACUUAUCCCAAGUCCUUUUCAUAGCUACAGCCAACACUACCGCCACCAUCCCACCUGCUUUGUUGGACAGAAUGGAGAUCAUUCAGGUUCCAGGAUACACACAAGAAGAGAAGACAGAAAUUGCACAUCGGCACUUGAUUCUGAAGCAGCUUGAACAGCACGGACUGACUCCUCAGCAGCUUCAGAUUCCCCAAGAAGCAACCGUGGCAAUCAUCACCCGAUAUACCCGGGAGGCAGGAGUCCGCUCCUUGGAUCGCAGAUUUGGAGCCAUUUGCCGAGCAGUUGCUGUGAAAGUGGCAGAAGGCCAGCACAAGGAGACAAAGCCAGAUCACCCUGAAGUGACAGAAGGAGGAGAGUGUAGAGAGCAUAUUGCAGAAGAUGCAAAACCUGAUUCCAUCAGUGACACAGCUGACUUGGCUCUACCACCUGAAAUGCCAAUUUUAAUUGAUUUAGAUGCCUUGAAAGACAUCCUUGGGCCACCAAUGUAUGAACUGGAGGUGUCUGAGCGACUGAAUCAACCAGGCGUAGCAAUAGGCUUGGCUUGGACUCCUUUAGGAGGGGAGAUCAUGUUUGUAGAAGCCAGCCGCAUGGAUGGGGAAGGCCAGCUCACUCUGACUGGGCAGCUGGGCGAUGUCAUGAAGGAGUCAGCACAUCUUGCCAUCAGCUGGCUGCGCAGCAAUGCAAAGAAAUACCUAUUGACAAAUGCUUCUGGAAGUUUUGAUCUCCUUGACAACACAGACAUCCAUCUGCACUUCCCAGCUGGAGCUGUCACAAAAGAUGGACCAUCUGCUGGUGUUACCAUAGUAACCUGCCUUGCCUCACUGUUCAGUGGGCGGCUCGUGCGUUCAGAUGUAGCCAUGACUGGAGAAAUUACGCUAAGAGGCCUUGUUCUUCCAGUUGGAGGAAUUAAGGACAAAGUCCUAGCAGCACACCGAGCUGGACUGAAGAGAAUUAUCAUUCCUCAAAGGAAUGAAAAGGAUCUUGAAGAGAUUGCAGCUAAUGUACGGCAGGAUCUGAAUUUUGUGAUGACAAGCUGCCUGGAUGAAGUUCUUAAUGCAGCUUUUGAUGGGGGAUUUUCAGCAAAGACAAGACUUGAUCACUUCAACAGUAAACUUUAAACAGAUUGACUGGGCUUGCCCAAGGAGCAGGCUGCAAAAACGGCUGGGGACCCUGUGCUCCAGAAGUUGCUGGACUACAACUCCCAGGAUCCCUGACCUUGAUGGCUGGAGCCCUACACCAUCUGGAGGGCCACAGGUUCUCCGCCCCUGGGUUGUUUGAAAGAACCCUGUUUCACACAGAGGCACACCCAUUGACCUCUGUGUUAGUUACUUUUAAGUAACUUUAAAGGUUAUACAGCUGUAAGUUCUACACACGCUUGCAGCAUUCUGUUUUAUAUAAGAGGUUCUAGUAACUGCCCAUAAGUGUAACAUGGCAUGAAUAAAAAGCAGUGAUUAGAUGUCAUAUGAUACAUUCAAGAUAGGACUGGCCCUGCUCUAGGGAAUGUAGGUUGGACAUAUGAGAGAGCUGCAUCCUUCACAGGGUUCAUUAUGCAGGUGCAAGUUUGGCUAAUGAGGACUCUAUGCACAGCACUGUACAUGACUAACCUACAAAACCAUACAGCAGGUACGGAAGGGGCAGUCUUUCCUACCAGUCAAUGCAUGAAAGGACAAACAGCUUUGCAGCAACCCCCUCUCUGGCUGCAGGUACCUUUAUCUGAGUAACAACUGAAUAUAGAAGUAGCACUACUUUGUAUUACUUGUUUAUGAAGUUACAGGUGUAAUUAGUGUUUAGUGGAAUUUUGUUUUACCAACAUGCGAGACUAGGCAUGAAUUUCAGAUACUCAGUAUGCUCUAUGGAUCAUUUUCCACUACCUUUUAUUUAUUGCUCUUUCAGCUGUUCCUGCCCUGCCCCCAUCUUCCCCCACACCAACCAGACAAGUCUAUUCUGGUCACGAAUAGUACAGGGCUUCUAAAGUCGUAGCCUCAUCACACCAGGAGGUGUGAUCAUCAUAAAAUUUAACCAAUGUAAGAUUGCAAGCGAUACUAGUGGAGGCAGUUUGCCUAAACAAUGUUUGACACGCCCACUAUUUUGUCUGUACACUGAUACUUAUGGAAAGAUGCUCCAAGUUGCAAAGUAUAUGUAUUUAAGCAGGUCAACUGCAAUUUACUUUUGUUCACUCUCAAAAUAAGCUUUUGGAAUCUCCACCCUCACCCCCACCUACAGGGAAGCCUAAAAUUUGGCUCAUAUAUUUAGUACUAUUCUUUUAAAAUGUUUUCAAAGCCACUUGAAAAUUUUCACUAAGGCUGCAUUCCUUUGCAUUUACUUGGAAGUAAGCCCCACUGAAUGCUGUGAGACUUGCUUCUGCAGACACACAUAAGAUCAGGCUGCAGAUUUAUCAUGAAGCCAACUCAAAAUAAUUAAUUAUUCCAGUGCAGCAAUUCUCACUAUGGGUUUCACUUAAUAGAUUUCCACCACUUAGAAUGAGUAAUUUCUUCAUAUUAUAAUGCAAUUGAGUCCUGCAAACAAAACAAUGGAUAUUUUAGAACUCUUAGUAAAUCUUCGCUCACUAACCUUUUACUCUGAAAGUAUCAACAAACAUACAGAGGUGGUCCAGUCAACUUGUAUACAUAGGAUUGUAUCCAACUCAAGAGUAGACCCAUUGAAAUUAAUGAACCUAAAUUAGCCAUGUCCAUUACUUUCAAUUGGCCUACUCUAAGUAAGUAUGGAUCAGUAAUUUGUUAAGAAACAAGAAACAAAAAGAAGGAAUAAAUGGACAGUUCUAAUGGAAAGACGUAAAAGGUGGAGUCCUCCUUGAAUCGGUAUCGGGAUCUGUACUUUUUAACUUGCUCAUUUAUUUGAUUGAUAAGAAUAUUUAUAAACCACCAAAUCAACAUUGUGGUGUGCAGUAAAAUUAAAUCAUCAUAAAAUUGUAAGAUAUAGAAAAAAUGACCUAAACUGAAUCAAAUUCUCUAAAAAUGGUUGGUGAAACAUUUUCAACAGACAACAAAAUAUUGAAAUAGUAGGUGCCUGUCUAAUUUCAAUAGGAAGGGUUACAAGUACUGGUACCAUGAUGCUAAAGAAAGCCUUAGUUCACAUAGAGAUUAACUGGGACAUUUAGGAGGACUUUUCCUGAUGAGCACAGUUAUCUGGUUGGUGAAGGGACAAGGCAAGCUAUGAUAUUCUACUUCCACUGUCAGAGGCAGUAUGCUGAGAAACUCCAGUCCUCCUUGCAGGCUUCCCAUAGGUAUCUGGUGAUGACUGUAAGGAUGCUGGACUUAUAGGCCUUUUGGUCUGAUCCAACAAGGCUGUCCUUAUGUUCUUACACAGUGCAUCCUCACCUUCUAACAAGCGUGCUUUGUUCAAGAUUCUGGACAGCCAUGCUUUAAAUACUUAAAGAUGUUUCGUACUCAAGCAAGUCCCCACUCAUAACCUCAUUUUCUUUUCCAGCUGACAAUCAAUGUUUUAUGGCUACUGAUCAUACUCCAUUAUCAUCACGCUGGAUUUUGUUGGUGGGCUACCCUUUUGGGGGGGGUGUACCUCUGCAAAUGCUACCCUCAUGUUUCUCAGCAGCCCCUUUUUAGCUCCAAUACUGUCAGCAAUCAUUACCGGAGUUCACUAUUAGAGAGACUGAUUUAUUAUUAUUUAUGGAUUUAUACCAUGCCGUUUUGAAAAUAUCCUGACAAAGUGGCCUGCAAAUGCAAACACAGUAAAAAAACAAACAAAAUACAAAUAUUAGAAACAGCACAGCUAGAAAUGUAAAAAGGAGCCAGUACAAACAAUAUGAAAGGUCUUUUAGAGUUAAAAGAACAGAGAGAGGGAGCUUACAGAGGUUCCCAGUGGAAGAAAUUCAAUACCGAAGCUGCCACUGCAGAAAAGGCGUCUCUCAUACUUUUCAAACAAGUCCAGUUUAAACGGAGAGAUGGCUCGAGAUAAUGAUGCUCAGGAGAAGGUUCAUAUAGGUCAGGGAUUCCCAAAGUGGUCUGCAAGCUUCAUUCAGGUUGUCUGCAGCUUGUUUGUAAAAAUGCAAAUAAAAAUUAUACAGCAUCUACCACAGUGCAUUUCAACUGCUACAACAGACAGAAAAAUCAUUAGGUAGUCCCCCAAGACCCUCAGCAAUUUUCAAGUGGUCCACGGGGAAUGCUACUUGGGAACCACUGUUAUAGGUGAAGGCCAUCCUCUUCGUAAAUAUUUUUUUUCCAAACUGAGAACUCAAGCCCUAACAGGGGGAGGAAUUUUUAAUCUUCCUAGUUGCAUUUUGUCCUCAGGCAGGGUCACAGAAUAUUACAUUCCCUGUGGGAUAUAAAUGUUGUUCCUGGUGUUUCCUCUGCCCCUUGUUUUCUGUUUAGUUUUAUUAUUCUUGAAUCCUGCUUGAUUUGUGUUUGUCCGUGGAGACUCUUCCUUAGUUCAAACAGAGAUUCCACAGCUAAUCUUCUCCCUCCUCCACUCUGGCAGAGAAAGCUUUGUGGGAACUCGUGUCCUCUGACCCACACUCCUGAGCAACACAACCUUUUGUCCUCCUGCUAGCCAGUGUGGAGGCACUUGAUGAGAAAAUCCUGCCUGCACCCUUGCCUCUCCUGGAAUGGGAAGCUACACCGCUUGAAGUUCCAUAAUAGGAAGUGACUGGCCAAGGCAGGAAAUGUAACAGAUCUGGGAGGGGGAAUAAACUUCCCUUUUAAAACAGCUUGGUAAGCUCUUCUUCCACAUCAUUGGACCACGAUUCAACAUAAGUUGAUGGGAACAGCCGAGACACUACCCUUCCCAUCUAUGCCAAGUCGAAGGCACAGUAAAGUGAACCUGAACCAGAAGGAAAGUGUUCCCCAAUGAAUAGGUAGAUGGCUGGUUAUAUGGCUAGAGAAUGUUUUGUUGUCUCUUCCGCCUCAGCCUGACCCUGACCCUAGCUUGGCUGCUAAGAAGCAGUUGGCCUGCAAACAUGUAAAUUCAAAAGAUAGCCCGGGGGGGGGGAUUUCAGCCAAGGAAGAUUUCAACGGGCCAUGCCCCCCCAAAUAAACUCCAUAUGUUCAACUAGGGAAGCUGCUCCAAAAUACUAUUCCAAAAUGGAAGAACAAACAAACACACACACAUCUACCUCUUCCUCACUGGCUAAUGGAGAUGAGCUGAAAUUCUGUUCCAUCAGGCUGAGAUGCCAUAGUACUGUUUCCACUCUGUUCUUCCAAGGUGUGUGCAGGCAGUGAUUGUAGGGGGCUCAAGAAUAGUAAGCAACCAAGUAAACACUUCCUUUUUUAAAAAGACAGCCUAGUUGUAUCCAAGUGACUGGCAAUCAGUGCUCUGCAAGGACCAAACAAAGAAAAAAAAAGGCAACACUUUCCCUCCUAUUAUUGCAUGAAUACAUGAGCUGAGGGCAUCCAAGGAUGGGACAUAGGCACUGCCCUCAGCACUGUUCUGCAGAACAAAAUCACUGCUCUGGACUAACCUGCUUCUUUUCACUCUCUUAUUACAUGUCAUACCAACAUAAGCUCCUACGAAACCUCACACCCUCAUGCUAAUAUUUCAUUUCCAUACUCCAUUCCUGAAUUUAGCCCAGCAAGUAAAAGCAGCAAAGGAGAUUCAAACCGGUCUGACUUGCACAUCAAAAGCCAGGAUGUUAAGUGUAGUGUAUGAACAAAGGAUCUGAGAGUUGUUUAUCUCUUUUGUUCUCUCACUUGUUUGACUUUCUGAACAUGACGUUUUCAACCCUACACACACCAUUACUAGGAAGUAAGCUUUACUGAAUACAGUAGGAUCAGUAGGCAGUCUAUUUCCUUCAUAAAAAGGGGCACAGGAGGACAACCUGGAUCUGAUUGCACUGCAUUAAGCCUUAAAAAAAAGGGCAGCAACACUAAUGCCUCACUCUUUGAAACAACCAUUUUUUAAAACCUGGUAAAGAAAUCUGCCUCUGAUACUGCACUGGUGGCUAUCACUUCAAGCUGCAUGGGAGCGAGAAAUAGCAUGACAGCAACAGCAAAAACUUUUUAUUUCAUGAAACUGUAAGACAUUCAUCUUGGACAAUUUACAAAGGAAUUUCAAAAAAUAUUUCUGUGCAUGUCAGCUAGAUUUGCUUUCCAAGUAGGCUAUAUGGAUCUUUCUUUUAAAAAAUCUAUCUGAGACCUUGUGGAAAGGUGCUGGAUAAUCAAAAAAUACACUAGCAGCAUAAACAAACUUGGAACAGCUUCAUCAUGCCUCAGGGCAUGAUUUGAAGGCACAUGAUGCAGCCCACUUUUUUAAGUCAAGCAGGUUUGGUCAGUGCCUACUCCAUGUCCAUCACCUUGAGUUUCAUCAUGGAAGGCAAAUGGGAUACAAAUAUGAUAAAAACAUAAGUGCCCCCAUAUAUAAUACUACCAUGGGGGUUGUUAAAUACUCUGAAAAUACUUGUAACUCAAAUAGCAAAUAAAAUAGAGUACAACAGUUCAGCACCUAAAACCAGCUCAAGUGACUGCGCUAUACGGUCCAAGGUGCCCCCCAAAACCAUUUGCAAUGCUACAGAGAAUAACUACUCACAAUCCUUAGAUCACCCACAGCUGCGAGUUACUAUGCUGUAACAAAAUGACCAAGAUUCCCCUAGAGACAUGCCCUUGGACUGAUUCAAAGGAGUAUCUUAUAAUAAUAAUUCUUGUUCAGCUUCAUGCCUUUCUUAAAUAAAAGGAGGAAAGUGUGGAAAACAUUCAAAACUAAGCUUCAGAGUGAAAUGAGCCAAAACAAGUCAUUUCUGCAAACCUUUUUUAUGCAAAUACAUUGAUUGUUUGCAUGCACAUUACACCUUAGGAACAUCACCACUGGAUCAGGCUGAAUGCCCAGCAUUCUUCUCACAGUGACCAACCAGAUGCCCGUGGGAAGCCCGUAAACAGGACCUGGAUGCAACAGCACUCUCCCCACUUGUGAUUCUCAGCAACUGGUAUUCAGAGACAUACUGCCUCCAACAGUGGAGGUAAAACAUUUGUAGCUAGCAUUAAACAACAGACUUAAUGGCAAAUUUACCUUAAUGCAGCUGCUAAUUUCAUGCCUGCUUUGAAGUCAAAACGCAUUAGUAGUCCAGUCAAUAUCCUGUUAAGGCAAAUUGUAAUCUACUGAAUUCAAGAUUACAACUGUUUACAUAUAUCAUAGCAGCUUUAAAAAAAUUGGCAUGAUCAGCCUUGUAUUUAAGCACUUACUUGCUUGAUAGGCAUAGACAACCGAGGAAUUGCAUGCAGACAAGUGAUUGGGUUGGAGGGACAGACAGCGUCAUCCCUCCUCUACAUGCAGUAAACAGUGGGCUGCCAGAGGAAGGAAACCCCCUCCUCCAGAAAUGGAGCAGGUUGCUGCAGAGUCAGAGCUCUAUGUUCCUCCUCUGCCAGCUUGUGGCAGGCCAGGAACAUUUUUUUGAGGGGGGGGCAUGCUAGUAACUCCUGUGGGCUUACUGUUCCAUCCACAGCUCAUACCGUGUAUUAGAACUCUUUCCUCCCAGUUCCAUACCUGAAUUGUGCUGAAGCAUGCCUUGCAGUUCCUGGUAAAAUGAAGCUGUUUUGUGCCUCACUUAUCUGCCUCCAGUAGCCUGCCACUUCUUAGAUUCCCCUUCCCUCCGCACCGUGCCACUCCUGUUCUUGAACAGAAAGAAUCAUUCCCAUUCUUGCCUUGAUCCCUCUCCCUGCCCCUUUAGAGCUUUAAAAGAACAUACCUUGUCUGCUAUUUUAAAAAGCCUUACACAUAACUUUAAUCUUUCACAAGCAAGUUCUCUUCACUUUGAAUAAUCUUGAAAACAUGCACAGAGUUCAUUUGUGUAAUCCGCACAAAAAUUAACAGAGCUUGAUAAAGAUUUCCUUAAUAAAACAAAAGAACAUCCAAAAGAAAUUUCACAUUGGCCUACAUUUCUGGGAAGGAGACGUAGCUCUCCCAACCAGUAAUGUCCCAAAUCGAGGUCAGAUAAAGCAGACAGGCAUUCAAAGAGUGACCACCACAGCAGCAAUAGGAGCUCUUCUAGGCCCUAGAACUGUCAUUGGUCCUCUUGUGCAAGAACAGGCAGCAUGCUUGGACAAAAGGAUAAGAAACUCUGAGCAAUGUUCCAUUCCAGUCAAGCUUCCAUUCAAUUAAGGCUAAAUAAAUAAAUAACUUGAAGAGUUUUCAGUUUGCCAGGAGUUCUUUUAAUGACAGAAUUUUAAAAAGACCAAAAAACAGCUUAUUUCAACUGCCUCAUUUAAACAAAUG